AUGGACCGGCGCCGGCUGCUGGAGCGCCUGGUAGACGGGAGCCAGGCUCGAGCGGUCACCAGGCACAGGGAGUUCCUUAAGAAUAUCCAGGGGUCCUCGGACGUGCCGGCCGUAUAUCAGUUCAAAAGGCCACUCUUGACCAACAGCCACGCGCUUGAACCUCUUGAGAUACGCAUCGACAUCGUCACGCCUCUCGUCAAACACUGGAAUCAGGUUGAGGCAGUGCUGGAGGCUCGUCUGCAGGAAGAGCUAAGCCACCGACUCCAAGACCUCCAAAAGGCACAGCAGGCUGCAGAUGGCCGCCAAAGGCUUCUGGAUGAGGCGGAGCCUUGGUCACCUACGCAGCACUGCCCUUUACAGGAGCUGCCGCUGCUGAGGAGCUCCAGGGACGCACCUUUCCGCUGGACGCUGUCGGGGUACCAGAGACUGAAGGAGGAGAGCCGGCGCCACGGACAGCCACGGCUGUACAGCCGCCCGUUCGGCAUCGAGCGGGAGGGCAGCGUGCGCUGCGUUCUCCGGCUGGUGGCGUGCCUUGGGGUGCCUGCUGUCCAGGAGGCCGGUGACGCUUUGCAGUUGGGCCUCGAGCUCCUACACUCGGCGAAGUGCUCGAAAAAGUUCGACUUCUUCCUGCGCCUGCUUGACCGCACAGGCGGCGACCGCCACCUCGUCAAGAGCUUCUCGUCCUCGGAGCUGGCAGUGCCCCGCUAUUGGUUCUCACGGCCGGCUCUCGGCGUGGUCAGCUUCGCAGUGCUCGUUUCGGAGCAGCGCAUGCUGCGCGAGGGAUUGCUCUCCACGGACACGCUCAACGUCGAAGUGGGAUUGCAGUGACUGCUUUGUGGCCACUCGAGACGUAGAGUGCCCCGAUCGUGAAAUACAGCGUGGUGUACAAUGAUUUGGUGUCCAGUUGCAGAUUCGGUAAAACUACGGUGUAGUAAAACGAUGCCGGUUGCUUCGUGCCAAACAUGUC